UCUUUUGUCUGGAAAUUCCAGAUGCCCCGGAAUCCCCCGCGCUGCUCCUCAGAUCCUGGGGUUUGAUUGUGCCUCCCUGAAGCUAUGCUGCCAGAGUGCACUAUGGGUUUACAAGAGCAACAAAAGAUGAAUAAAUCUCUGGAGUUGAUAUCAUUUGAGGAUGUGGCUGUGGACUUCACCUGGGAGGAGUGGCAGGACCUGAAUGAUGCUCAGAGGACUUUGUAUAGGGAUGUGAUGCUGGAGACCUACAGUAACCUGGUGUCCCUGAAUGUCCUGAUAGAUGAUGACCUCAUGGAGAGGAACCAGGAAACUCAGCAAAUUGUAAUCACCAACAGCAAUACAUCAGCUGAGGAGAGUGUUGUGUUAGGAAAAUCAUUUUAUUUGAAUUCAUGUCAUGUUUUAAAUCUGAUUAUAAAUAACAGAAAGUAUUCAGAAAAUGGAAAUGAGGAGUUUUACAUAUGUCAGAAUACACUUCUUCAUAGAGAGCCUGAUGAGAUGCCUGCUGGAGAGAAACCUGAGGACCAUCAUAUAACUGGAAAAUUGCCCAGAUAUUGUGAGCCUCUUAGUCAGCAUCCCAAUAUUCAAACUUGGAAGCAACUUUCAGAAUACAGUGGAAAAGGGAGAUCCUCCAACACAGAGCCAAUAUUUAUGCAUAAAAAGAUUCAUAUGGAUAAGAACACCUAUAAGGAUAAUGAAUAUAGGAAAGGCUAUGGUAAGUCAGCUGUCAUUGUCCAGGAAAUAAGUCAAGUAGAAAGGAAAACUUUUCCAUGUGGUAUAUGUGGGAAAAUGUUCUAUAGAAAGCCUGAACUCACUAAACAUCAGAUUAUGCACACCGGAGAGAAGCACUAUAAAUAUACUGAAUGUGGGAAGUCUUUUAUUAAGAAAUUAUACCUUACUUCACAUCAGAGAACACCUACAAAGGAGAGUCUUUAUGGUUGUAAUGAACAUGAGAAAUUUUUUUGUCAGAUGUCAGACCUUACAAUGCACCAGGGAACUCACACAGGAGAAAUGUACUAUGGAAGCAUUAACUGUGGAAAAAGCUUCUGUAAGAAUCCACUCCUCAGCCAUCCUGGUAGAAUUCACACAGGUGAAAUACCAGAUGGAUGUAAUGAAUGUAUAAAAUUUUUCUACCAUGAGUCUGCUCUCACUGUUUAUCAGAGAGUUCACCCCAGUGAGAAACCAUGCAAAGAAUAUAAAAAAGCAUUUUACAGUAAUAAAUGUGGUAAAACCUUUCUCCAAAAGUCACACUGUAGCAGUCAUCAGAGAAUUCACACAGGUGAGAAACCACAUGAAUGUAAGGAAUGUGGAAAAACUUUUAACCAAAAGUCAAGCCUCAGUAUUCAACCCAGAACUCACACAGGUGAGAAACCAUAUGAAUGUAGAGAAAGUGGAAAAGGUUUUAACCAAAAGUCAGAUUUCAGCUUGCAUGAGAGAAUUCACACAUGUGACAAACCAUUUGAAUGUAGAGAAUGUGGAAAAGCUUUUAACCGAAAGUCACAGCUCAGCAUUCAUCAGAGAAUUCACACAGGUGAGAAACCAUAUGAAUGUAGAGAAUGUGGAAAAACUUUUAACCAAAAGUCACACCUCAGCAGGCAUCAGAAAAUUCAUACAGGUGAGAAACCUUAUGAAUGUAAAGAAUGUGGAAAAGCUUUUAACCACAAGUUACGGCUCAGUAUUCAUCAAAGAACUCACACAGGUGAGAAACCAUAUGAAUGUAAAGAAAGUGGAAAAGCCUUUAACCAAAAGUCAGAUUUCAGUGGGCAAGAGAGAAUUCACUCAUGUGAGAAACCAUAUGAAUGUAGAGAUUGUGGAAAAACUUUUAACCAAAAGUCAUAUGUCAGCGUUCAUCAGAGAACUCACACAGGUGAGAAACCAUAUGAAUGUAGAGAAUGUGGAAAAACUUUUAACCAAAAGUCACACCUCAGCACUCAUCAGAGAACUCACACAGGUGAGAAACCAUAUGAAUGUAGAAAAUGUGGAAAAACAUUUAACCACAAGUCAGACCUCAGCAGGCAUGAGAUAACUCAUACAGGUGAGAAACCAUAUGAAUGUAAGGAAUGUGGAAAAGCUUUUAACCGAAAGUCACAGCUCAACAUUCAUCAGAGAAGUCACACAGGUGAGAAACCAUAUGAAUGUAAAGACUGUGGAAAAGCUUUUAACCGAAGGUCACACCUCAGCAGGCAUGAGAGAAGCCACACAGGUGAGAAACCAUAUGAAUGUAGAGAAUGUGGAAAAGCCUUUAGCCUGAAGUCAUACCUCAAUGUUCAUCAGAGAAUUCACACAGGUGAGAAACCAUAUGAAUGUAGAGAAUGUGGAAAAACUUUUAACCAAAAUUCAAAGCUCACGAUUCAUCAGAGAAUUCACACAGGUGAGAAACCAUAUGAAUGUAAAGACUGUGGAAAAGCUUUUAGCCUGAAGUCAUACCUCAGCAUUCAUAAGAGAAUUCACACAGGUGAGAAACCAUAUGAAUGUAGAGAAUGUAGAAAAACUUUUAACCGAAAGUCACAGCUCAGCAGGCAUCUGAGAAGCCACACAGGUGAGAAAGCAUAUGAAUGUAGAGAAUGUGGGAAGACUUUUACCCGAAAGUCACACCUCAGCAGGCAUCAGAAAAUUCACACAGGUGAGAAUCCAUAUGAAUGUAUAGAAAGCAGGAAAGCUUUUAAGCAAAAUUUAAGUGGCUAUGAGAGAAUUCACACAUGUGAGAAACCAUAUGAAUUUAGAGAAUAUGGAAAAACUUAACCAAAAGUCACACCUCAACAGGCAUCAGAGAAGUCAUACAGGUGAGAAACCAUAAAUGCAAAGAAUGGAAAAGCUUUUAACCACAAGUCAUACCUCAGCUGGCACCAGAAAAUUCAGAGAUGAGAAAGCAUAUGAAUGUAAAGACUGGAAAAGCUUUUAGCCACAAGGCACAGCUAAGCAUUCAUCAGCGAAUUCACACAGGUUAAACCAUAUGAAUGCCAACAAUGUGGAAAACCUUUUAAUCAAAAGUCACACCUCAGCAGGCAUCAGAGAAUUCACACAGGUGAAAAACCAUAUAACUGCAAAGAAUGUGGAAAAGCUUUUAACCAAAAGUCACACUUCAGUGGCCAUCAAAGAAUUCACAUAGGUGGGAAACCAUGUGAAUGUAAGGAAUGUGGGAAAACUUUGCUGGAACUCACCAUAAUAGACAUGAACAAAUUCACACAUGGGAAAAAUUCCUAUUAACGUAAUGACUGUGGGAGAAGGUUUUUGCCAUAAAUCACAUCACAUUUCAUCAGACAACUCACACCAAGAAGAAGCCCUAUAAAUGCACAACUGUCCCUUGUUAUAGGAGGGUGGUUCCUGGAGCCCCUGUUGAUGAAACCACUUGCAAAUGAUGAAGCCCCUUCUAUACAUCGUGUACCGUUUCAAUUUUACCUAUGAACUUUUUUCUGUGUUCUUCACAUCUUGAGUAGAACAUCUAUAUUACUGAAUACAGAAGAAUUCCUUGUAAAUAAUUGUUAUACCAUGUUGUUUUUUAUUUGUAUCAUAGCUUUUUUCUUUUCAUUUUUAUAAGUGGUUGAGUCAGCAGAGGUGCAACCCUUAGAUAUAGAAGGCGGUCAAUAAUUGUGAAAACAUCAUUUUUCAGCAGUUACAGGGCUGGCUAUAGUUAAGUGUAUUGUUGGUUAGACCAUGGUGCUAAUGACACCAUGGGUCCCUGUACUGGCCAGACACGGGGGAAAAACAGAAAAUAAAAGUAAAGUAAAAAGAACUCACACUGCAGCAGCCAUGAGAUAAUUUACACAGGGGGGAAAUUCUGCUUGGAUUAGACUGGGUAUGUUCUAAAAACGCCAUUU